AUGGAAAUUGAAGAUUAUAAUCAACAAAUUAAAGAUCAAGAACCAUCAGGAGAUAUUUGGGAAAUCUCAUUUAACCCAGUUGCAAUGUUUCAAGAAGUAUUUAAAGCAUUGACUAAUAACAUUAAAGAAUGUAAUGAAAAAAUUAAGAAAAUACAAUUAAAAAAGGUGAUUGUGAAAAAUUGA